AAAAAAAAAGACUGACCAGGAUACAGAGCUUUGUGAAAGAGUGCACGCUUCGUUUUUUCCACCGAUUUUUUAACUUCAUCCUUUCUGUAACAUCAUUAAAGUGUCCUGAUUCUUUUCACCCGUUAUAAUGAACUCAGAGUCCACACGGCCCUCUUUAGGAAAAUCUCCACAGACUCCUGCUGCUGCCUCAAAGAUGUACCACUGUUCAGACUGUGGGAAAAGUUUUAUGAAGAGUCACCAAUUAAAAUAUCACCAGUGCAUCCAUAUCAGAGAGAAGCCAUAUCACUGUGGACAGUGUGGGAGGAGUUUUAUUUCUGAGAGUCAUCUCCAAUGGCAUGAGCGCAUCCACACAGGAGAGAAGCCGUAUCACUGUGGACAGUGUGGGAAGAGUUUUACUUCUAAGAGUACUCUCCAAAGGCAUGAGCGCAUCCACACAGGAGAGAAGCCAUAUUGCUGUGGACUGUGUGGGAGGAGUUUUACUCGUCGGACUCAUCUCCAACGGCAUGAGCGCGUCCACACAGGAGAGAAGCCGUAUCACUGUGGACAAUGUGGGAAGAGUUUUACUUGUCAGAGUCCUCUCCAAUACCAUGAGCGUGUCCACACAGGAGAGAAGCCAUAUUGCUGUGGAUUAUGUGGGAAGAGUUUUACUCAGCAGCGUUAUCUCCGACACCAUGAGCGUAUCCACACAGGAGAGAAGCCGUACCAUUGUGGACAGUGUGGGAAGAGUUUUGCUCUGAAGAUUACUCUCCAACGCCAUGAGCGUAUCCACACAGGAGAGAAGCCGUAUCACUGUGGACAGUGUGGAAAGAGCUUUACUCGUCUGAGUAUUCUCCGACACCAUGAGCGUAUCCACACAGGAGAGAAGCUGUAUCAUUGUGGACAGUGUGGGAGGAGUUUUAUUUCUGAGAGUCAUCUCCAACGGCAUGAGCGCAUCCACACAGGAGAGAAGCCACAUCACUGUGGACAGUGUGGGAAGAGUUUUACUUCUAAGAGUACUCUCCAAAGGCAUGAGCGCAUCCACACAGGAGAGAAGCCAUAUCACUGUGGACAGUGUGGGAAGAGUUUUACUUCUCAGAGUACUCUCCAACGGCAUGAGCAUGUCCACACAGGAGAGAAGCCAUAUUACUGUGGAUUAUGUGGGAAGAGUUUUACUCAGCAGCGUUAUCUCCGACACCAUGAGCGUGUCCACACAGGAGAGAAGCCGUACCAUUGUGGACAGUGUGGGAAGAGUUUUACUUCCAAGAGUAUUCUCCAAAGGCAUGAGCGCAUCCACACAGGAGAGAAACCAUAUUACUGUGGGCUGUGUGGGAGGAGUUUUACUCGUCGGACUCAUCUCCAACUGCAUGAGCGCAUCCACACAGGAGAGAAGCCGUAUAACUGUGGACAGUGUGGGAAGAGUUUUACUUCCAAGAGUAUUCUCCAGAGGCAUGAGCGCAUCCACACAGGAGAGAAGCCAUAUUACUGUGGACUGUGUGGGAGGAGUUUUACUCGUCGGACUCAUCUCCAACGGCAUGAGCGCGUCCACACAGGAGAGAAGCCGUAUCACUGUGGACGGUGUGGGAAGAGUUUUACUUGUCGGAGUACUCUUCAAUACCAUGAGCGCAUCCACACAGGAGAGAAGCCGUAUCACCAUGGACAGUGUGGGAAGAGUUUUACUUGUCAGAGUCCUUUCCAACACCACAAGCGGACCCAGAUAGGAGAGAAGCCAUAUUACUGUGGACAGUGUGGGAAGAGUUUUGCUCAUGAGCGUACUCUCCAACGGCAUGAGCGCGUCCACACAGGAGAGAAGCCGUAUCACUGUGGACAGUGUGGAAAGAGUUUUACUUGUCGGAGUACUCUUCAAUACCAUGAGCGUGUCCACAAAGGAGAGAAGCCAUAUUGCUGUGGAUUGUGUGGGAAGAGUUUUACUCAGCAGCGUUAUCUCCGACACCAUGAGCGUAUCCACACAGGAGAGAAGCCGUACCAUUGUGGACAGUGUGGGAAGAGUUUUGCUCUGAAGAUUACUCUCCAGCGCCAUGAGCGUAUCCACACAGGAGAGAAGCCAUAUUACUGUGGACUGUGUGGGAGGAGUUUUACUCGUCGGACUCAUCUCCAAUGGCAUGAGCGCGUCCACACAGGAGAGAAGCCAUAUCACUGUGGACAGUGUGGGAAGAGUUUCACUUCUAAGAGUACUCUCCAAAGGCAUGAGCGCAUCCACACAGGAGAGAAGCCGUAUCACUGUGGACAGUGUGGAAAGAGUUUUACUUGUCGGAGUACUCUUCAAUACCAUGAGCGUGUCCACACAGGAGAGAAGCCAUAUUGCUGUGGAUUGUGUGGGAAGAGUUUUACUCAGCAGCGUUAUCUCCAACACCAUGAGCGUAUCCACACAGGAGAGAAGCCGUACCAUUGUGGACAGUGUGGGAAGAGUUUUGCUCUGAAGAUUACUCUCCAACGCCAUGAGCGUAUCCACACAGGAGAGAAGCCAUAUCACUGUGGACAUUGUGGAAAGAGCUUUACUCGUCUGAGUAUUCUCCGACGCCAUGAGCGUAUCCACACAGGAGAGAAGCCGUAUCACUGUGGACAGUGUGGAAAGAGUUUUACAAGUCGGACUCAUCUCCAAUGCCAUGAGCGUAUCCACACAGGAGAGACGCCAUAUCACUGUGGACAGUGUGGAAAGAGUUUUACUCGUCCGAGUACUCUCCAACACCAUGAACGGAUCCAUACAGCAGAGAAGCUGUAUCAUUGUGGACAGAGUGGGGAAGAGUUUUCGUCACCCAAGUGCCAUCCACAGCCACCUGCAGAUUCAUAAAGAACAGAAGCUGUAUCAGUAUGGGCAGUGUGGAGGGAGCUUUACUGAUUCAGGGUUGUUUUGGAAACACGUGCUCUCACAAUAAAACCAACAGCUCUUGACAUGGGACUUUGUCACAUUAAGA